AUGAGGAGCAAGAAGAAGCAAGAAGAAGCGGAAGAAACUGAUUAUGAGGAGGAAGAAGAGGGUUCUCAUAUUGAUGUAGCUACCAGAUGGUUUGACAGUCUGAUCAAUAAGGACGUUCAAGGUGAAACUGAAGUGAAAUUUUGCACCGAUGAGAUUACGGUGGUUUGGAAGUUAAAUAAAGAAAUUUGGUUUCUGUCAGUCAAUACAAGUAGGGAGAUGGAUCACCAUGAAGAGGAAUCCCUUGCUGGGGGUGAACCUCAUGGGAAGCAAGAUGAUGAGGUAUGUGACUGCAUUGGUCACUUUUAGAAAUCCUUAGUUAUUUGUUCAUUGUUCUUUUUGUUGCCGAAUCUUGGAGCAUGUAUGAGAUGGAACUUUGUGAGCAACUAAUAAGUCACAAACUUAAUUUGAAAUAAGAGGAGUUUCUUAGAC